CUUACUGCUCGAGGUUGCUCUUCAUCCCUCCAGCUUCCAUCCCGAUAAGUUUCGUUUUCUUCAUCACAUAACUCGGCUGGAAUCACCACUUCGUCAUGUCGGUCGCUCUUUGUCUCCUUCUUGCACCCCUUGUAGUCUUUGGGACAGCUAUACCGGCCGACUUCACCCGACUCUUGAGUACCAAUUCAGGAGACCUCGCUACCUCCGACAUAGUCGUGCCUGCACCCGCGAAAUUUACGUCUCCCAGUGAUCAGAAUCAGGUCAUUGCAACGGUUGGUAGGGGAGUGCAGAAUUACACUUGCUCCGGGGGAUCAUGGGUUUCCAUCGGCGCUGUGGCCAGUCUCUAUGAUAUCGCGCCAGUCGUCGACUUCACCCAUCUCCCCAUCCAGACAAUCUCCAGCAUGCUCCCAAAGAUGGCUCUCAAAUUGCUGCCCUUUCCCACUAGGGUCGGACCCCGAGUGGACAUCCACCAUUACUUUGUCAACAUGCCUAAUACGACGGCUGCGUCUCCAAAGUUCGAGAGCGCGACCUCGAGCGUGAUCUUGAAAAAGCUUGAUAGCGUCGACGCGCCGAACAAGGCCACCGACGUUGCGUGGCUGCAGCUCGAAGCUCUGCCGGGUCAAAACGGCCUGGCCUCUUACGUGUAUCGACUAUACACGAGCGGUGGACAGCCUCCUUCCAAGUGCACGGUGGAGGGCUCCUUGAUCAGUGUUCAGUAUGCUUCAAUGUACUUCUUCACCAAGCCUUAAACUUAAUUCCCCG